AUGUCCAAGCGGAGAAAGAAUCAAGGCUACUUGGCAAUAAUAGCUGCUGUUAGUAUUGGUGCAGCCGCUUAUUUGUGGUGGAGAAAUCACUCCGAGGAUGACUCAGUAUCAAAAUUUAAUCAACAAGAUGAUGGCACUGCUCAAGACAAUCAGAUUAAAGAAAAACCAGCUAUAAAAUUAGGCAAGAAGAGAUUACAUCGAUCAUUAUGUGUUAUAAUUUCUAAUAAGUUAUCAAAUCUAGUGGAGUUGGAUUGGGACGAGAUACUACAAGAAGAUAUAGUAUUCCUAAUCUUACCAUCUGUAAAUGACUUUCAGAACAGUAAUGACAUCAAAACAGAUACACACAAAAUUAUUAAUUGUGACACUGAACUAGGUUUAUGGGCAUGCGUGCGUACUCUAAAAAAGAACGAAUUACUUGUGUGUGCAGAUGAUAUUAAAGUUCCUGAUGAUAUUGGUAGAUACUGCGAUAAAAUCUCACAAAUAAAGUCAUCCCAACAAUUAAUGAACUAUCUCGAUGAGACUUAA